UUUUUUUGUGCGACGACGACUGUUUAUUUACAAUUCUUUAUCAGAGAGACGUAAAUAAAGCUAGGGCUGUGAAUAUCGAACCGCAUUCAGUUUGUUUAUGUCAACAUCACACCAUCCCUCGCCUCACUCAUUUCUAGAAAUAAUCAUCAAAUUUCCCCCAAAAUGACGCUGGAAUUCGACAAAGAGCUCGAAGAAGAGGAACUUUUGAAGCUCGAAGAAUCCAUGGACGACGAAGAACUCGAAAAACGGAAGGAACAAGCGGAAGAAUUGAAAUCUGAAGGCAAUGAACUCUUCAAAAACAAAGAAUUCGAGUCAUCGGUAGCGAAAUACACAGAAGCACUAAAUUCCUGUCCAACGAAAUUCAAAAAGGAAAGAUCAAUUUUGUACGGAAAUCGAGCAGCUGCAAAAAUUCAACUGGAAUUCUUCAAGUCGGCGAAAGAAGAUUGCGACAAGUCCCUAGAAUUAAAUGAUUCGUACCAAAAAAUCUACUUGAGACGAGCCACUUUGAACGAAAAACUCGAACAUCUGGAUGAAUCUCUGAGCGACUUUGAGAAAUUCUUGACUUAUGAACCUCGGCAUGCGGAGGCGCAAGAAGGAAAACGACGUCUGAUGAUAAAAGUGAACGAGAGGAAUGAAAAGCUGAAAGCCGAAGCGCUGGGAAAACUAAAAGACUUAGGAAAUUUAGUGUUAAGACCUUUUGGCCUCAGUACCGACAACUUCCAAGUCACUCAGAACGGCGAUGGAGGCUGCUCGAUAAAUUUCAAACAAAACGAAUGAAAUUGACUACCAUUUUAAUUAAAUAAAUGCUAUUGAAUUUGAUAAAAUAUUUAAAGAAAAGUCCAUAA